AUCUACCACUACUUUACCAACCCAGUCCAUUUCUCUCUUUGUUUUGCAACACAAAGCAAGGCAAAGAGUACACUAAAAUGGAGUCAUCUAAGUUCACAGCUCUUCUUUUCAUUUCCAUGCUAUUCAUCUCUUCCACCACCCCCAUUCUUGGUUGUGGCAUUUGUGGCCAACCCCCAAAGCACAAGCCCGGCAAGGUUAAGCCACCCAAGGGACCCAUUACCGUCCCACCCAUUGUCAAUCCUCCAAUCACCGUACCCCCCAUUGUCAAACCACCGGUCACCGUACCUCCGACUGUCAAACCACCGGUCACCCUACCUCCGAUUCCCAAACCACCGGUCACCCUGCCUCCGGUAACCCUACCUCCAAUUGUGAACCCACCCAUCACCCUCCCUCCAGGGAUUCUCCCUCCAAUCAAGCCCCUCCCCCCAGUGACAGUUCCUCCGGUGACUAACCCGCCAACAACUAAGCCUUGCCCGCCACCACCACCUAAGCCUUGCCUGCCUUGCCUGCCACCACCACCCGCCACGUGCCCAAUCGACACUCUUAAGCUUGGAGCUUGUGUGGAUCUUCUUGGCGGGUUGGUGCACAUUGGCCUUGGUGACCCUGUCGUCAACGAGUGCUGCCCAGUGCUGCAAGGGCUGGUGGAGCUUGAGGCAGCAGUGUGCUUGUGCACCACUCUGAAGCUCAAGGUUCUGAACCUCAACAUCUUUGUUCCACUCGCUCUUCAGCUCCUUGUCACUUGUGGGAAGACACCCCCUCCUGGUUUCACUUGCACUCUCUAGAUCUAAGAUUGCCAGCUUGAUGAAUGGAUGGAUGAAAUUGACAUGAGAGGAUGUCGACCCUCCAAUCUCUCUCUCUCUCUCUCUCUCUCUCUCUCUCUUCUUGUUGAUGGGAUUGAACAGCUCAUAUUUGGAUUUGUUGUACACGAUUAAUUUGUUUCUGAAAAAUUAUUUGAAAUUUGUGUUUUGUAGUAGGCAAUUGCCAGGAUGCUAUCAAUCAAUCAAGCUGUUUCCUUUU